CGAGGCGCCCAUUGUCCUUUUUGCGCGACAAUUAUUCUCUUUCUUUUGAUUCUUGGUCUGUUACAUUGUACUCGGAAGCUUCGGCGACUCAAAGACAAAGCGAAAACGGGCUUGCUGUUCGUGAAACUUGAAGCUGACUGUAUCACGACGCUCUGCAAUUGGGCUGUUGGGUGACAAACUGUAAGUGCGGGGCAGGCGAUGGCGAUGGCGAUGCCCAUGAGGUGGGAUGCGACCAGCUUGGCGUGCGACUAACCUGCUGCCAGAUCAACUCACCAUUCUUUUCUCUCGAUCUCUCUCAACUUGUCUUCUUUUCCCCUCGAGUCGGCCUCUUCUCGCGAUAAUACCCACGAAACCUACGCCGCCGAGGAGACGCGACAUCCAGUGAGAGAUCAUGUCUUCCCAAUAUUAUCCACCUCCUCCAUCGGGAGCGCAGCAAAACUACCCUCCGCCGCCGCAAUCCCCUCCCGCGAACCAGACAAAGUUCUCGUAUCCUGCUCCUCCCUCACAACCUCAGCGCAGCCAUAGCGGGAGCUAUCCGCCACCGCCUCAGCUUUCACAAGGGCAGUCGCAAAACUAUCCUCCUCCGCCCCAAGCUGCCGGACAACACAGCAGCAACAACAAUAACUACCCACCUCCUCCUCAGUCGAGCACGCCCCAGAACUAUCCGCCUCCUCCCCAGUCGCCCGGACAUGGCGCGAGCUAUCCUCCUCCACCGCAGGCAUCGCCCAGCCAGGGGAGGGCGUACCCGCCUCCUCCACAAGGCACCGCGACGCCCUCACAGAACCAGGCGCAAUACCCGCCACCUCCUGGUCUUUCUCAGCAACAGCAGCAACAGCAGUAUCAAUCACCACCUCAGCAGUCGCCGCAGCCCUCUCCCCAGCACCAGCAGCACCAACAGACGCAGCUUCCCCUACGGCAACCAGGCACUCCCGACUCGCAGCCUCAGUUCUCCCCUCCGCCUCCCGCCUUCGACGGACCGCCCGAGGCCUCCAGCCUGCCAGAGAAGCAGCACGUGGAGGAAGCACCAGUCGACACGAGCAACCCGUCCAACCUCGUGGGAGGCGCGCCCCCGCCCCAGCACUUCAUCGGCGCCACCGCGACCGUUGACGACGUCGGCACCUUCAACGGAGGCAGCUACCGCAUCAGCCACCGCGACAGCAACACCAUCCUGACCGUCCAGCUCGCCAUGGGGUGCCCGCUGCAGGCGAAGCCCGGCGUCAUGGUCGCCAUGUCGCAUUCCAUCACGCUCAGGGGCCAGAUCAAGUUUAGCAUGAAGAAGCUCGUGGCCGGCGCUGAGCUGGCGAGCUCGACCUACGUCGGACCCGGCGAGCUUCUCCUGGCGCCGCCUAUGCUUGGUGAUAUCACUAGUCUGCGUCUCACGGGCAAGGAGACGUGGUCGGUUGGGCAGGACGCCUGGCUUGCUUCUACGCAGGGCGUGAUCAAGGACUACAAGCGCCAGGGCCUCAGCAAGGCUAUUUUCAGUGGCGAGGGCUUGUAUGUGUACAAGAUCAGCGGUACUGGACUGCUUUGGCUGACUAGUUUUGGUGCCAUUAUCCGCAAAGAUCUCAUGGAAGGCGAAAAGUACGUUGUUGAUAACGGCCACUUGGUGGCAUGGAACGUGAAGUACAUUAUGGAACGAGUCGCAUCCGGUGGUAUCAUCUCUGGCCUCUCCUCUGGCGAGGGUCUGGUGUGUAAAUUCACCGGCCCAGGGACUGUCUUCAUGCAGACGAGAAAUGCGAAACAUUUCAGUGCCUACUUGUCUGGACAGGCAAACCAAGGCAUGUAGUGAGAUGUAUCCUAGGAUGGGCUCGAAGCAUGUACUGGCCGAUGUUUUGUUUGCAUACCUUGCUCUAUCUGAGUUCGUCACAAGUUGGCGAUGUUUCGAGUUUUCUACGACAUCUAGCGUGUUAAAAUUGAUAUCCUAUCUCUCUUUAUUGACGCGUGUUUUCUCUCAGCGUUCUUUCAGCAAUGGCCAUGAUGCAGUAUGACGUUAGACUUACCCUCAAGCUUGCGACAGUAUUUCAACAACGAUAUCAAGGUGAUGGUGGUUCUUGACUUGGUUCUUGCCCGACUCACUUCAGAUAUGCGCAGACUGUGCAUCUUCCACAAUCACUAUACGCUAGAGUGGUUGCUCUUGGUCAGGCCUUCCCAGCAACGAGGAUGGAUGAGAACAUGCAGCCUGCUGUUUCCUCACGACGAUCCCGAUGUUCCCCUUUCUUUCCUCAUCUGCCACCACACGGAGCAACUUCUCCGGGCAAUGCAUCGACAAGCAUAUACAUACGACCUCGGCGCGUUUGUUUCCCGCCAACCUGGCGCCAACAUCUCCAUCAUCCGUCAACAUCACACACCCACC